AAGCUCUAAAAUUCCUCGGUCUUCUUCGGGCGUUUGUUAUUACUAAAUAGCGGUUAUAAAAUCAAUUAUAAAUGUUAUUAUUCUAGUUCGGUUUCGCUAAAUAAAUCUGCGCAUUUUUUUUUAUAAUAAUUGAAAUAUGUGCUUUAGGUAAUAUUUAGCUUGAUGUAACUUCGUCCACACUAUAAGCUGUGUGUGCUUUGUGGGCUGAAUGAUUGUGACGUUAGCUAGUUAGCCAACUGAGGUUUUACUGAAACUACUGAAGCGGAUCCAAUUAUGGCAUCAUGGCCUCAACAAAGAUGAAACUUAGUGUCCUAAAGAAGAGUUCACCCACUUCUGUAUCAAAGACCAUCUCCAAGGAAACAUCUCCAGACUCAAAAUGCCCCAUCUGCCUGGAUCAAUUCAAAAACAUCUCCUACGUAGACAAAUGCUUACAUCGGUUCUGUUUCCGUUGCAUCCACGAGUGGUCCAAGAACAAAGCAGAGUGUCCAUUGUGCAAGCAGCCGUUCAGCUCCAUUUAUCACUCCAUAAAGGCUGAAGAUGAUUUUAAGCAGUAUGACCUGCGGCCUAGUGAGAACGGCUCUUUCGGCAGCCUGGCCGGUCAGAGGUUCAGGUACAGAACCACACUGACUGGAGACCGCCGGCAUGAGAGACGAACGUCCCCUCCUCCAGACCAUGGGGUGAUGUUUGAGGGUCUAUCAGGUUCUGUUUCCCAUGGGAAUGACCGCGGUUUCCGCCGGAUGCUGGCAAGGCUGGCGGCACGGCGGCAGGCACAGGGCGAGGGCCGAACGCUGCAGACUCUCCAGGAGCAAGAGAUGAUCCGUUUCCGCCGGACACUGUACCGGCGGGGCCUGUGGGUUCGGGGUGUGCGGGACAGUGGCCGGUCCAGAGAAAUAUCGGCCGAAUUCUUUAGAGGGAACCCCGCAUGCCUCCACCGGCUGGUGCCGUGGCUGAAGCGGGAGCUAACAGUGCUGUAUGGAACUCAUGGCUCGCUGGUCAACAUCGUCCAGCACAUCGUCAUGUCCCAGAUCACACGCUACAACUUGCAGGACCCAGCUGUGCUGCAGGAGCUCCGCCCCUUCUUGCUUUCUCGCACUGAGCACUUCCUACAUGAGUUCCAGAGCUUUGCACAGUCACCUUUCAACAUGGAGGCAUACGACCAGAACGCAGAAUACGAAUGCUUGGCUCCUUCUGCUGAGGAGAACAGUGGCUCAGACUCAUCCGUCAUCACCGUCUCUGAGGAUGAGACAAAUUUGCCUGGAACAGGAGCCCAGGCUAGCUCAGCUAUGCUAAGCCAGACACCGUGGGACGAUGAAACUCCGGGUCCGUCCUAUUCUACAGAUCUGCCUCGGGUUUUCACUGUUUCUGUGACUUCCAGUGACUCGGACAGUGAAGAAGAAGCAGGACCUUCUACAGCUCCUACAGCUCCAGCUGGAGCCAGGGCAGAUGAAGAAAAACACAGCAGUAGCAGUGAGGAAGACUGUGUUAUCGUGGGCUACGUUAAACCAACAGCAGAAAGGACGCCUGAGCUGGUUCAGCUUUCAUCUGAUUCUGAAGAAGAAGAAAAAGAAAAUAAUCACAGAUUUCAACCUCAGCACAUUCGUUUCACCUCACCACCAGACUCGCCAACCUCACCCAGCUCCAGCCAAUCAGCAGUCAGAGAAAAGUGCACUUACAGACAUAUAAGUUCCAGUAGAAACAGGCCGUCCCCAUCAGAUGACCACCGUCCACCAUCUCCAAGACGAUCUUCUAAAAAUCAUCGACAUAAGAAAGAUGUCCAUGACAGAAGACACCACUCAAAGAGGAAAUGGAAAGAUAAAUCCAAAUCCAGAUCCAGAUCCAGAGAUGGUUCCUCACAUGGCCACAGGAGACAAACCAAAGACGUCUCAUUUUACCAUCGCUUACACACACACCACAGCUCUGAAAGGGGCACCAGCAGUAGAUAUUACACUUAUGCACACUACAGUAGCAUGGACAUCAAUCCAGAAAAAUACACUCGUUCUCGUGCACGGUCGCGAGAUCGUUCUCGUGCACGGUCGCGAGAUCGUUCUCGUUCACUCUCGCGGGGUAAUUACCGCUCGCGCAGUAGAAGCCGGAGCCGUAGUCUGGACAGGAGGCACUCUAAAAACUCUAGAAACUCCUCUCCUUCUGCCACCUACAGGAAGUCAAGGCACGAUAAACCCAGUGGAAAGCGUAAAUACAAAUCACUUCAUCUAGAACCUUCUACAGCUGGGGCCACUGAAGCUCCAGCACAGGAGAAGAAAAGUAGAGAGAAAUGUGAGAAAAAGAGAAGGAGCAGCAGGAGCACCAGUGUAGAGAUCAUUUAUGAGGACGAGUCUGGAAAACAGCUCAGGAAAAAACACCACAAAAAGAAGAAGAAACACAAGAAGAAGAGCAAGAGGAAGAGGAGUAAAGAGAAGCAGGAAAAGAAGUCACUGACUGUAAUCACCAUCAACAGUGAGAGUGAUUUUGAUGAGAACAGAAACAAUACACUUAUGAAUCUCCCUACAGGCAGCAAUGUUAAUGAUGCGGAUUCCACUAGCACAACCCCAAACAUCUUCCACAGUGAAAGAGAUUCAGGUGAAAACAAAACGGCUCCCUAUCUCCACAUGAGCAACAAUGCUACUGAUGCUAACGCCACUAGCACAACCCCAAACAGCCCUGCAGAUCUGUCCCAACUGUCCAGAGCAAACACUCGCCCUGCAGGUCCAUCACAACUGACCACCAGCAUUGCCCAGUCCUAGCCAUCAGGGACAGUGCUACAGCCCAUAGAGCAAAACACAUCAGCAUUUGCUGGACACAGUUUUGCUAAUGACCCAUCGUCAUCCCAGCACCGAUCAUAGACAAACGUGCUGGAGUUAUUUUCAUCAGAGCAGUCAAACUGACACUGGCCUGCAUAUCAAUAUGUGCAAUCUUAAUGUGCAUUAUAAUGCAUGAGGAAUGGAUAUGAUUCUGUUAUUGCCAAAAAGUUUAUUUUCAUAAUGUUUAAACAAAAAUCCUUUAAAACAUGAUGGAUUUCUUUAAUUAGAUUUUAAUGUUAAUUAUGUGAUCUUGGUAACAUCAUAUGUGUUUCACACUUCACUUCUGUAAAGCUGGAUGAACCAUUCUCAGGGAUAAAGACCAUGGCUGAAGUUUCUCUUGGCUGUAGUGUUGGAACUAAAUGUCACUGGUAUGUUGACUGAGAUCAGUUUGUAAAACAUUUUUAGGAGGAUGCUGCCGGUUUACAGUGUAAACAGUAGAUAUACAACCAGGUCCAUAAAUAUUUGGACACUGACAGAGUUACUGUUAUAUUCUCUGUUUAUUGGAGUUGGA